AACAAAAUGACUUAGCUGAAAUACACAUGCACAUUGAUGGUUUGAUGGUCCACACACACACACACACGCCGUUAUCCUGUCAGUCUCCUUCCCUUCCUCCAUCCGCGGCACGGACACACGAUAAGAAAGACAUCUGAAUAAUGGGUACUCCAGAGCCCGUCCUGGCUGGUGUGGGGAACACAAUCCUCGUGCUGUCUGGGAAGGGUGGUGUUGGAAAGAGCACAGCCGCUGUCCAGCUGGCUGCCACCCUGAGGGCCAAGGGUCACCGGGUUGGGGUGCUGGAUGUUGACCUGUGUGGCCCGUCAAUCCCUCGCAUGCUGGGGGUGGAGGGCCGGGAUGUGCUCACCACUCCUGAAGGAAAAUGGGUUCCAGUGAGUGUAGAUGAAGAAGAAAGACUAAAGGUCCUUUCCAUUGCUUUCUUCUUGGAUUCCAAGAAUGAUGCUGUCAUCUGGAGAGGACCAAAGAAAAAUGCCAUGAUCAAGCAGCUGCUGACCAGUGUUGUAUGGAAUGUGGACUACCUCAUCAUUGACACUCCUCCGGGCACAUCUGAUGAACACAUCUCAGUCAUGGAAAACAUUAGGCAUGCACCAGUGUUGGGAGCUGUGCUGGUCACCACACCACAGAUGGUUGCUGUUGAUGAUGUCACAAGGGAGCUCACCUUCUGCAGGAGAACAGGGAUCAGCAUCCUUGGCAUCAUUGAGAACAUGUCUGGCUUUGUCUGUCCCACCUGUUCCGAAUGCAGCAACAUCCUUGCCAGUGGUGGCGGGGAACAGCUGGCUGAAAAGGCAAAAGUCACAUUUCUAGGCCGCAUUCCCAUUGACCCAACACUGUCCCGGUGCACUGAGGAGGGACUCAACUAUAUUGACAAAUUUGCAAAUUCACCCAUCUGCCAGAUCUACCACUCCAUCAUCACCAAGCUGACAAGGCAAACAGAUGAAGAGAUGGAAGUAGAAAAAUAACAAGUCAGUGAUUUGUUUCACCUUUUUCUCAUUUUCUUCUGUUAUGAGACCUUUUGGAGCAAUACAGUGGAACCUCAAUUACCGAAUGCCUCCCUUUCCAAACAAUUCAGUUUUCAAACGAAAUUUUGAACUCAUAAUUGCUUUGGUUGCCUUAUCAUUAUUUGGUUCUUAAACAAAGUUAUUCAAUUUCAAAUAAUUAAAGACAAAGGAAAGACUGCUGUUUAUUACAAAUUUAGUAUCUAUAAAUAUUUCCUUCAUUUUUAUAUAUUUGGAGGAGAGACAUGGUGGGUAAGACAGUAAUUCAAUCUUUGAAAAAAGUUAAAUGUGAUACUGUUGAAGUGCCUUGAUGUAAACAAACAAUUUUUUGGCAUUCAGGAGUAAUCCUGAACCACCUGUGGCUCUCUUAAUAACCCCACAACCCCAUCGCAACUGCAUUUUCCCAUUAGCUUUUCCCAGCAGCAAGAUGUCUAAGUGUUAUGAACACCUUCAUUUUGGCAGUGAGUUGCUCCUCUCUGUGUCACUCUGUAAGGUUUUCCUUCAUUAGAUUGGUGAUAUACAUAGAAAACAUCUGCACAGCCUAAACAGUAUCUUCUGAUGAGUUCUGUCACUAAGUUCAUUCAAUACAUCCUUUGUGGAUAAAUAAUUUCUGAGCUGGGUAUGUUGUGGAGCAGCCAUUAUGGCAGUGAGAGUGUCUGUCAUAAGCCACAAAGACUGGGUGGACAGGUGUCUGGGAACUGAUUAAUCAGUUUUACAUUGAUUCCUAUGGGGAAAAUAGUUUUGUUUCCAAACAUUUUGGAUUUUGAAUGGCAUUCAGGAAUUAAUUAAGUUCAAGAACUGAGGUUCCAGUGUAAUUACUUUUUAAAUUUAUUGUUUGUCACUUUGGAUGUACGAGUAUGUAGCCAGCUGUGCUAUGUCUAAGCUCUUGGGGUGUAGUAGGAUGAUCCACAAGACUAUCCCUUUCUAUCAGGGGCUGACGGGGUUAAGGGUAUGAAUGAUUGUGUGUGUGUGUGUGUGUGUGUGUGUGUGUGUGGGGGGGGGUACUCUGUCUAGGCCACCUAGUGUGGGAUUCCCAGCCUGGGAUAUAGGUAGAUAGAUAAAAAGAUAGACAUAUACUUUGGGCACAAACUUAUUAGGACCUCCUCUUUCAUUCUUUGACAAGACAGUACAGCUGUAAUCCAGAAUACUGUUUGGAUACUGAGAGAGCAUUACUGAGCACCUGGUGAGUGAUUAAGAAAUGUGUUUAAGCUUCAUAACUUUCAAUAAUGUUUCCUAAAUUCAAUCAUUAAGGAGGCUUGGGUGUUGCAAGGCCACUAAGACCAGGGUUGUGUUUCAGCCAAGACAUUCACCAUAUGACUGUCUUUUACACACACAGGGGUGAUACUGCUGGUACUUGUAUAAAAUCCUUUAAUGUAAAAUAAAACAGUAACAGAGUUUUUACAAUAUAUAAAUGUUUGUGGUAAACAUACGUCUUUUUUUUCUCAAGCAUUAAAAAAUGGCAUUGUU